AUGAUCCAGCCACUACUUGAUGUCGUCCCCCUACUGGCGAGCCACACCGGCUCGUCGCCAUUGCAGGAGCCCCCACCGCACCCAUCGCUGCCAUGGAAGCGCAUGCGCAGGGCCCGCCGCCACGCCGCCAUGCGCUACUACUGGUACAUGGUCGGCGCGAUACUCUUGUCGUGGAUCCUCUUGCGCGGUAUUUUCGCACUCCGCCGCCGCGUCCUCCGCCGCCCAACCAAGACCUCUCGCACAUGGACCUUCCUAACUGUCCGGCCACUGGGCUUGCCGUACUUCCCCGCCUUGACUGUCGACGAGCUCCUCCUCGUCACGGUGUAUACGGUUGGUACCAUCGCACUGUCAAUCUUCGGGUCGUACUUUGCUGGUGUGCUCGACUACGCCAACCCGACUGGCAUGGUCGCCGUUGUGCAACUUCCCCUCAUUGUUGGACUUGUCGGUCGUAACAACCUCCUCUCCACACUCACCGGUAUAUCAUACGACCACAUCAACUAUUUGCACCGCACAUCUGGGCGCGUGUGCUUCCUCGGCGGCCUCGCGCACACCUAUGGAUGGUGGUUCGGCAGGGGUCUUGGAAGGCAUGCGUGGACAUGGCGCAUCUACACGGCCAUCCCCGCCAUGGCUGGCCUCACCAUCCUCACCUUCUUCUCCUUCCGCGCUAUCCGCAAUCGCUAUCACCAACUAUUUCGCGACGUGCACAUCGUCGCGGCCCUCAUGUUCCUCAUCAUGACAUAUUUCCACACACCCGAGUAUCGGAUAUGGGUUUGGCCGGCCCUGCUCCUCUGGUCCCUGGACCGCGUAGCUGGACUCGCCCGCCUGCUGUCCGUGUUUCUGCGUAGCCGUGGGGUGCCCACCGCUACCGUCGAACUCCUCGAUACCGACGUCCUCCGCAUCUGCGUCCCCGUCCCAUUCAAGUGGAAGGCGGGGACGCAUGGAUACCUCAGCAUCCCCAAGGUGUCCGAGAUUCCAUGGGAACAGCACCCGUUCACCUUUGCCAACAUUCCCACGGCCAAGGAGGGACCAUCGCUAGCCGUGUUUCUUAUGCGCGUGCACGGUGGCUUCACUCGCCAACUUUGCGACUCCCUCGUCAACUCGACUAUUGCUCGGUUCCCAGCAACGGUCGAGGGUCCCUACGGCGAGCCCGUCAAUGUGAUGCACUACGACUCGCUCCUGUGCAUUGCCGGCGGCUCGGGAAUCACACUUUGCCUCUCACAUUUCCUCGAAGUUAUCGCCCAAGCCGACCGAGGAGGACGGGCACCUUCAUCCAUCCGUUUGGCAUGGAACACACGCCAGCUGACCCACGUCCGCACCAUUGCGCCUCUCCUCGAGGACGCCCUUGAGAAGCUUAUCAACCUCGACCUUCGCAUCCGGAUUGACAUCCAUGUCACUCGCUCCCACGCGUCCGACGAGCCAACAGACCCCAACAUCGGCUUCGACUCCACCAUCCCAUUCGAAUGCAAGUUGCCCGCUGAGCAUUCUCCGCUUCUCAACCACCUGCGACACUUACGAGGCGGGAGCCAGAGCAGCUACGGUUCACAAUGUAGCUCGCGUGCCUCUCUCGCUUCCGGCGAAGACGGCCUGGGCCGCUUGACUGAGGAGGAGCGGUUCCGGACCGGUCUUGGGCCCAUGUCAGCCGCGUACACCCGCAUUCAUUUUGGGCGGAGUCUCGUCACGGACAUGAUUAGGACCGAGGCCAACCUUGUCGAGGGGGGAGGGCGACUCGGCGUCGUCGUGUGUGGGCCACCUACACUUACUCUCGAUGCGCGUCGGGGCGUUACCAGCGUGAUUCCCGAGGUGCGCGCCGAGAUUGACUUGCACAGCGGCAGCUUCUGUUUCUAA